AUGCGCUUUCUCAUUAUGGACGCUAUUGUCGCUACAAUUGGUGCUUAUUUCAAGUGCUUCAAGUGCCACGAAAUCAUUGCGAAAGAAAUUGAGCUUCUCCAUAGGCGUGCGGACUUGGAGAUCAGACAUAUGAGUUUACAGAAACUUGUUCUGCUCAGAGUGUCUUCUCAGCUUAGGCCAACCCCACAUCGUGCGCCCCUCAUUUUCGUCUACCCACCCCAGGGGCAUCUGCAGAGCUUCCCCGAUAAGAUAAGACAUUUUUCGAACCUCCAAACUUUCCAGGCUCGAAGAGAGUCACCUUGA